UUAGAUAUUAAUAGCGCUCUACAUCUGACCUAAAAGCCUUUAAUUCAUAGUGCACUUAUAGAAGUAGUAAUACACAAUAUAUAUUAUAUACAGGUAGUUCGGUAUUAUUUGAAAUCCAGCUCAUAUCUUUAGUUGUGUUGUUGUUCUGUCCUUGUUUUUAAGGAAUUGUUUGUUAGUGCCAGAAGAAGCGAGCCAUGUCGGAAAGAAAAGUCUUAAACAAAUACUAUCCUCCGGAUUUUGAUCCAUCCAAAAUCCCUAAACUCAAACUGCCUAAAGACCGUCAGUAUGUGGUAAGAUUGAUGGCUCCAUUUAACAUGAGGUGUAAGACCUGUGGAGAGUACAUUUACAAAGGCAAAAAGUUCAAUGCCCGGAAGGAGACAGUACAGAAUGAACUAUACCUGGGGCUACCCAUUUUUCGCUUCUAUAUCAAAUGCACAAGAUGUCUGGCUGAGAUCACUUUUAAAACAGACCCAGAGAACACAGAUUAUGCGAUGGAACACGGUGCAACAAGAAACUUUCAGGCUGAGAAGCUGAUUGAAGAAGAAGAAAAGAAAAUCCAACAGGAACGAGAGGAAGAGGAGUUAAAUAAUCCUAUGAAGGUUUUGGAAAAUCGUACACGGGACUCCAAGAUGGAGAUGGAAGUUCUGGAGAAUCUGCAGGAGCUGAAGGAGCUGAACCAGCGACAGGCUCAGGUGGAUUUUGAGGGCAUGUUGGAUCAGAACAGAGAAAUGGAAAAGAGACAAAAAGAGAGAGAGCAUGAGGAGGAUGAACGAGAGACCAAAGAGAUGCUGGAGAGGGCAUUGGUGAAGAGGCUAAGAGACUCUGACUCUGAUUCAGAUCAGGAGCAAAACGAUGGGAAAGAGCAGCCAAAGAAGCAAUCAGCUGAGAAACCCACAGACAUCCUGACCACAGACAAAGGGGCAGAUCAUAAGAGCACCCAAUCUGCUGAAGUAAAGCGUCAAAGGGUGGAGAGCUGGGAGAGGAGUGUUGGUGGACUGGGAGGCAAAGGUGUACUCAGCUCACUAGUAGUGAGGAAGAAACCUGCAGUCACAACUGCAGCAGGAUCUCAGACAGAGGCAAAACCUCCCAAAGCGGCCACAGCUAGCAGCAGCAGUCAAGCAGUCCAGAACGGUUCCUCUCUCAGCCUGCUGGGGGCGUACUCGGACAGCGACGACAGCAACUCCGACUAGUCAUGUCGAACUGAAACCGAAGUUCUGUGGUGUUCAGUACAAAUGCAAAACGACGGACAGUCUUAAGGAAAUAGACUCAAGGACUUUAUGGUUUAGAAUGAAUACCAGUGAUCUAGGCUUAAGCUUUUUAUUUAAUAUGUCAGAAAAUGUUUUAGAAAAAUAUAAUUCAUUGAUUUUUGUAAAUGUUAAGCUUUUGUCUCAUUGAUGAAAUAAAGAUGAAUUUUAUCAGAA